AUGUUUGUGUACAUGUGACCCUGCAUGUGAUAGGAAAUAACUGCAGUAAUAAACUAACAUCUUAGUUUAUUGCCUGUUUAAUAAAACGCCACCACAGCUUCUAUUAUAUGUGAUCGCGCAUGUUUUGAUUCAUUCAACAUUGCUGUAAACAUAAACGUCAGGUCUGUGUGUGUAUCUAGUGUUGGUAAGGUUAAAGAAAAUCAUGUUUCAGACUCUGUCAUAUGCUGUUUUAGACUUUGAACCCAAAGCCGAUAUAAUAAACUCCUCCAAAACAUGAAAUAAGCAGAAAAAGGACGAUUUAAGAUACAGUGGUGCAAGUCUUCCUUCAUCAAAUUUCACUAUGACUCCUAUGAAGCAGAGCAGUGUUAAAAGACCAAAGCUAGAUUGGAGGUUUCUCCAAAGAUUCUACAGCAUUUUGAAGAUCCUUUUCCCAUCCUGGUCCAACCAGAACGUUCGAAUGUUCAUGACCCUUCUUGGAGUCACACUUUCAGUCCAGCUUGUGAUUUAUCAAGUGGGUCUUAUUCCAAGUCAGUUCUACAGGGUUCUGUCUGAAAGGAGUUAUGGGAAGUUUAAGGAUCUGGUGGUGUUUGCGGUUGUACUCAUCCUGAUUAAUUCAACGUUGAAGAGUCUGGACCAGUAUAUCUCCAGUCUGCUGUAUGUCAGAUGGAGAAAGACUUUAACUGAAGAUCUCCAUCACAUGUACUUCAAGGGACGCGUUUACUACACCCUCAACAUACUGUGCAAAGACAUCGACAACCCAGACCAACGCAUCAGUCAGGAUGUGGAGAGGUUAUGUAAACAGAUGAGCACUAUGGCGAGUCGACUUCUCAUAACUCCAUUCACUGUAACCUACUACACCUAUCAGUGCUUCAACAGUGCGGGCUGGAUUGGAUUUGUUAGCAUCUUUGGUUACUUUGUGGUGGGAACCAUCAUCAACAAGAUCUUGAUAGGACCAAUUGUUUCCAUGCUGGUUGAGCAGGAAAAGCUGGAGGGGGAUUUUAGGUUUAAACACAUGCAAAUCAGAGUGAAUGCAGAGUCUGCAGCUUUCUACAGGGCAGGGAAUGUGGAACACAUGCGGACCGACCGAAGGCUACAGAUGCUUUUGUCAACUCAGAGAAGCUUGAUGAACAAAGAGCUCUGGCUCUACCUUGGGGUAAACACCUUUGACUACAUGGGCAGUAUCCUCAGCUAUAUAGUCAUCGCAAUCCCCAUCUUUGCUGGAAAUUAUGACAACCUGACACCUGGAGAACUGAGUGCGCUUGUCAGCAAGAACGCUUUCGUCUGCAUUUAUCUGAUCAACUGCUUCACCCAGCUCAUAGAUCUCUCAACCACAGUGUCUGAUGUCGCUGGAUACACGCACAGAAUUGGAGAACUUCGAGAAGCAAUGGCAGAUAUUGUUAAGAAACAGCAUGAUGAGUAUCAGUACGAUCCACUGUAUAAGGAUGAAUCUAACAGUGAUCGGGAGCUCCAGAGUGUCCCGCCUGACACGGCAUUUGUGCUGGACCGUCUCUGCUAUAAAUCUCCCGUCUCAGAGGAACCGCUUGUGAAGGAUCUGACCCUGAGUAUCAGUCAAGGAACACACUUGCUCGUGGUGGGAAACACGGGUACAGGGAAAACCUCACUACUGAGGGUUCUGAACAGCUUGUGGGAACCAUGCAGUGGUUCUGUGCAGAUGACCACAUGUUUUGGACCAAGGGGUUUGAUGUUUUUGCCACAGAAAGCUUAUCUAACUGAUGGCACUCUUAGAGAUCAGAUUAUCUACCCAUUAAAGGAUAUAUAUCCUUCCUCAGGUUCUAUAGAUGAUGAACGAAUAUUAAAGUACCUGGAACUUGUUGGUUUGUCGAAUCUUCUGACCAGAAUUGGAGGACUGGAUACAGAAGUUACUUGGAACUGGUAUGAUGUUUUAUCCCCAGGAGAAAUGCAGAGGCUUUGCUUUGCUAGACUGUUUUACCUGCAGCCCAAAUUUGCAGUUCUGGAUGAGGCCACAAGUGCUCUGACGGAGGAAGCUGAAGGCCAGCUCUACAAUGCCUGUAAGCAGCAGGGAAUGACCCUCAUCAGUCUGGGCCACCGAAGCACUCUGGAAAAGCACCAUGAUGUCAUGCUGCGACUGUGUGGAGGUGGCCAAUGGGAACUCAUCAAACUCAAAGAGCCAUGAACUGCUCUAAUGAGAGAAUUUGGGUUCGCUUUGUGGUUCUGAGUGCAGUCAUCCUUAAGACUCGAGAGAAAUCUUGCCAUGUUUACUUCACAGUAUAUUGCGAUUUACUGGAGCUACUGAUACACUAAUAAUGCAGUCUUAUUACUACUGUACUGUAUGUCUCUGCAUUCUUUUUGUUGUAGUCAUGAUGUUGUUUUUGUUAUGUAUAUGCUGCUUUAUACAUUUCUUGGGGUUUGGAAAAAGGGAUUUUUGUAAUGAAGGUCAUUGAACUGUAUCCCAAAAAUAACGUAAGAAAAAGUGCCUAUUGAAUAUAUUUAAGAUAUACAUUUUAUAAAUAUAAAGUAUUUGAUAAACAUGCUAAUAAAUAAAAAAUAUCUAUACCAAA